AUGGGUAGCAGAAUUGACGAUGAAGAUGCCGACACGGUCGUUGGUGGCCCUUCCUACCCUGGAAAAUACAAAAGCCUCAAGAAAUCGGAUCGCAUCGACGAAAGCUAUGAUAGGGUAUCUUUGCACGAAUUCUCCAAAACCGCGGAUUAUGCAUUGGAAGAACGUCCGUUCUUCGUACCCAUUGGUAAGGACGGCGUCAUUGCUGCACUAGAAAAAAUCGACAGGCAGCUUCGGGACUCCGGGCGGACAGGUCUCUUGUCAAACAAGGUCCCUGUAUCGUGGACUGGUAGGGAAGUUGCUCCGGGUUUCCUUGGUUUGAUCAAACACGGUGGUCUCCCCAAGAUAUUGACCAAGCCUGGUCGAUACCCUGGAUUUCCCCUCCGUAAUUGGUGGGCGCGCCAAUGGAGUGGUACCAAAGGACUCUCGGACACCGCCAUUCAGUUUCAGGGUCUAACAGUCGUUCAGGUGUCCCAGAAUCAAGCAGCCGUCAUCUCCGAUCCUCAAAAUCGGAUUUUUGUGAUAAAAAAUUCAGGAUUUGUUGCUUACGCGAUUAGUGGAACAUAUGACGUUCUGGCCAUCGUCGACCAGACGCAUUUGUCUACUUCGAUCAAGGACACAGUAACAGGCGCUGUCCUCGGCUCGAUGGCCGAAAUUAAGAUGCGGAGUCGCGUUGCUUCAGGCAAAGAACAGGAAUAUGUUGUGGCAUUAUUCUUGAACAUCCCGGCAAAUAAUUGUGCCAUUCUCCAGCGCGGAGAUGACCUCGAAUUACUCCCUGCUGGACAACAUUAUAUAACAAAUCCCAACGUCACAUUGCGCAGUUUGUUUACCCUCGGAGAGAAUCAGCUCGAGAUGCCUACAAAGGAUAUUUUCACAAGAGAUCAAGUGCCCGUCGGCUUGAGGAUCUAUUUGAAAUGGCAAUUAAUGGAACCCCUGAAGCUUACCACACAUGGCUACAACACCCCUUAUGAUGCGCUCCGUGACAAAACCCAGUCUAUCCUCACGCAGAUUGUCGCUCAUCUCGACUACAGCUCCAUGGUGAAGCAGCGCUCCCUUGGACCUGACAACCUCGACGAUGGUACGGACCCUUCAUCUGCGUUCCUCGACGCCCUUCGUACCCGGGCCAUGGACGAGAUGCAUGAGGCCGCACUUGAGUAUGGUAUCAUUUUGAAGGAUCUUGCUGUGAUUGACCGACAAUUCAAGGGAGAAAUUGCAUCAACUAUGGACAAGCUUACAACAAGGGCGUUACAGGCGCAGGUCGAGGCUGCGAAUGUCGACCGAGAAAACUCGAAUAAAGUUAAACAGGAAGAAGGAGCUCUCGCUGUUGCUCGCAUCAAGGCUCAAAGCCGUAACACGCAAGCCGAUUCCGAGGCAUAUAGCAUCAUUGCCGCUGCCAAAGCCCAGGCUGAGCGCACAAAGAUUGAGGCUCUUGCAGAAGCGGAAGCUAUCCGUCUCACCGCUGAGGCCGACGCACAAGCGGUCAGUGUCAGGGCGGCUGCUGAUGCCAAAGUCACGGACCAAUUUGCACGCGGGAUGGAGAUGCGUAGAGUGGAAGUCACGCGUGUUCAAGCGUUUGGCGAUAAGACUGUCUUCGUGCCUACGGACGGGACUGGGGUGCAGAUGGGCAAUGCAAUGGCGGUGGGCAUGGCUGCCGGAAUGGGCAAUGGCCUUGGGGCUUAA